AUGCUGACCAUCGCGUCGGCCGACCCGACCGCGAAGUACCGGCCCUGCGGGUCGAACUCAAUGCAUAUACAGGUGGCCGGGUGUCAAGAAGAACAGGUCGUUGUCGUUGUUCCACGAGAUCUCGUUCACCUCGAACUUGAAGGGCUGUUCCCCACGGACUUUAUGGGUGCGGGUGUCCACGAAGGUCACCAAAUCCUCUUUGUUCCCGANGACUAUUACCACAAUAAUGUCAAAUCAACGGUCAAUCUGGUGGACACUAUGAAGAAGUACGAGGUCUACCAUCUGGUGUACGCCUCUUCCGGUGCUGUUUAUGGCAAACCUAAGUACUUACCCAUCGAUGAAUGCCACCCAAUCGGCCAUUCCCUGACCAGUCCUUAUGCCAGAAGUGUUUAUAUGUGCGAAAAUAUACUCCAAGACCUGUGCGCUAGUGAUCCAAAGUGGACAGUCGUGUCGCUUAGGCUAUUCAAUACAAGUGGCGCCCAUUCUUCUGGAGAUAUUGGCGAAGACACGCCAACUGUUCCCAAGAAUCUGAUUCCAUACGUAUCUCAAGUAGCAGUAGAUCGUAGGCCAGAGCUCCGGGUUUAUGGUAGUGAUUAUGACACGACUGAUGGCACAGGUAUUCGGGAUUAUAUACACGUAGAGGAUGUCUGCGAUGCCAUCAGUAUUCUGUUGAAUAAGAUGUUGUCCGAGAAGUGGUCGAAAUGGUAUGCCUUUAACAUCGGCAGCGGUUCCGGACAUUCCGUAAAAGAGAUUAUCACCGCAUUUGAAUCGGUGUCAAAACGCAGUAUUCCUCACGUGUUGACAGACAGAAGAGUUGGUGAUAUCGCCCAGAGUUUGGCCGAUAUAUCGCUCAGCGAACAGAUCCUCAGUUGGAAACCCAAGAGGAAUGUGAAAGAUAUUUGCGAAUCAGUGUUUCGGUGGCAAAAUGCAAAUAAGGAUGGCUUUGAUGUCAAUAAUAAUGAUCAUAAGAAUUAG